AACUAAAACCCACCAUAUAGAAGGCAAAACGAUAUUAACUUUAUUUACCAAAAAGAGUUAGCGAUGUCAGCCCUGGCGGUCUUUACCAGUUCAUUAAUGAACUGAACACCAGCUGUGGAACCAGUUUGACGCGAUAUGAGUUUUGAUGCCGAUUGCGAUGAGUUUAUUCAAAACAAACUAUUUCGCACCAGAGAGAAAUGUGCAAUAUAUGCGCGCCAAUCGGAUGUGUGUGUCGCGGUGAAGUGCAAGUCCACUUUUCGACCCACUGCCCCCACUUUGGCAAUGGCGCAGAGCAACAACAACAAUGUGGUCAACAUGCGACAUGACAUCUGGUUCCACAUAUCCAUGCACAUAGAUCCGGAGGACGUGCAGACCUUCGCCUUGAUAUGUAAACAAACCGCCGGAUUGGUGGCUUCGCGGGCCUUCUGGCGCAAUUUGUACCGGCGCUAUUGCUCCGGAGCCACCUCGGGCUGGAAUCUGGAUCUGCCCGCACGGCUGCAGCCGGAGCAGAUCCGCAACUGUGAUACCCGCGCCCACAGAUCCCUCGUCAUCGAGGCGCUCUUUCGCUGCCACCGUCCGCUAAAGGUUCGCUUGGAGCUGGCCUACAACUUGGACUGGCUGGUGCAGCGCACCUUCGUGUCCUGCUGGCAAAAGCAGUACCAGUGCCUGUGGAUAAUGUGCUACAAGUUCUGGAACCGACUGCCGCAUGUCCAGAGCGAAUCCGAGAUGGACACUAGCGAAGUGGCUAAUGAUUGGGAAUCCCUGGCAGAGGAUUUUGUGGAACAGUUACCUCCCACCCUGGGAAAUCCCAAUGAGGGGGUGGUCCUCCUUAUUGUGCUGUGCCGUCACUUUGUGCCCACUCCCAAUCAGCUGUCCUACAGCCAUCAGCAGGCACGCUACCGUCUUCGGGCCACCCGCGAACUCCUCUGCACGGACAUGAGGGCCAAGAACCUCGAGCUCGACUUUGCCGAAGAUGGCUGCCAAAAUGUAUCAGUUACCGUCAAAUACUCUCGCAUCGAAAAGUACAAAGUACUGCCCUGGUGGCAUCCAGACUUCCACAGUUUCGUGAAAUAAAGCCCCCAUCCGCCAA